GUGAAAAGGAUAAAAACCUCAGCAAAACCCUUUUCCCUUUAGUUUUCAGGUGAGUCUUGGAAGCUCUAACUGCGUGAAAUUUGGGAGGUGGCGAUUUGUUGCUGCAAUGGCUUCUCGUUAUAGAUCCGUUUCACGACCAGCACUAUCCCUAAUAAAAUCCACCAUUACCAAACCAGCUACGAACCCUAACCCCUCAACUUUUCUCCUGAAAACCCGUUCUUCCGUUACGGCGAGGUGGGUGAGUGAGUUGGGUUGCGUGCAAUCAUUGCUUCCCCUGCACUCGGCGGUGUCAUCAGCACGACUCACUUCUUGUCUCGGCAUCGAUUCAAGGAGUUCGAGGUCGCUGUCUCAGGGUAUGCUCUGCAGUGCCAACCCCGGAGUUUGAUUUCUCCAAUUCUUUUUUACCUUUCCUAUCUAAAUGGGUCUCAGCACACCGCGAUAAGAGAUUUUGAAGGCUAUUGAUCGGUGGGUUAGAGUCAUUAUUUGCUGUACUGUGAUUCUCUACCAUUAAUUACUUUUAAGCUUUCUUGACAGUUCACUGUAACGGGUACAUAGUUGGCAGAAUCUUUUGAUCUUCUGGUUACUGUUGCAAUGGUUCCCAUAAAAUGUUUGAUCAUUACAGUGUUAAUUGUUUUGAAGAUCAAUCUAUGCCACCAUCACAUGGUGAAUAAAAAACAAAAAAUUGGUGAUUCACUUCACUAUCAUCUCUGCUCAUGCAUGUUCCUGAAUACGUUAGCAUUAUAAUCAGGGUAUUUGCUUCCAUCAUCUGAAAGUGUAGUUAGGGGUUUUUAUAUUUCCUUACUACACACUGGGCACGCACGCACACGUACAUGUGAGAAAAUAUUUCGCACGAGGAGGCAUGUGGGCACCUUGUGAACUGAGGAGUACCCAUUAGUUACCAAAUUACGUUGAGUAUACUUUUUUGGUGACAUGAUGUGCAGGUAAAAAAGUGGGGAUGGUAGACAAACAAUGACAAUGUCUCUGUAAACAGCCUUGACGAAAGAGACUAUGUCUCCAUGAUAAUGAUACAUAAGCAUAUGGGAGCCUCACUCCUUUGUACCUCUUUGCCUCUGCAACUUUAUUUGUCCAAAUGCCUAAGAAUAGAUGCCAAGUGUUCUCACUUUCUCUUCAAGAUUUCUGCAAGUACUACCACAUUUAUAAUAAAUAUAUCUGUUAAACUUUU